AUGCAAGAAAAUGGCAAACGAUAUAUUUCUCUUCCUGCUCCUUAUAUGAGACCACAUUAUGAUGUUGUGGUCAUCGGAUCAGGAUAUGGUGGCGCUAUUGCUGCAUCUCGUAUGUCUCGAGCUGGCAAAAGAGUUGCUCUUUUAGAAAAAGGUCUGGAAAGAUGGCCAGGUGAAUAUCCAAGUGAUUUAACUGAAUGUUUAAAAGAUGUACAAUAUAGUUCAGCUUCGGGACAUAGGGGCGAAAAGACCGGAAUGUACCAUUUUUAUAAGGGAUCUGGUCAAAGUGCUUUUGUAGGAUGUGGACUUGGAGGCACCUCGCUUUUGAACGCAAAUGUGGCUCUUGAGGCCGAUCCACGUGUUUGGCAAAUGUCUGCUUGGCCAAAGGAAAUUCAGGACGAUUUUGAUAGCAUAAAAAAGAAUUAUGAACGCGCCAAGGAGAUGCUUGAACCGGUGCCUUAUCCUGAUGAUUUCCCUGAACUUCCAAAACUUAAAACUUUAGAAGAACAGGCUAGAAGAUUAGGUCCGGAAUUUCAUGAAAAUUUUAAACGAACACCUAUUACUGUCACUUUUGAAGAUCGUAUUAAUAAUGCUGGUGUUAGGCAACGAAAAUCCACUUUGACGGGUAACGAUUCUACUGGAGUUAAUGAUGGAAGUAAAAACACCACCUUAAUGAAUUAUAUUCCUGAUGCUUGGAAUCAUGGAUGUGAAAUAUUUUGUAAAAUUGAUGUUAAACGCGUUAAACAAGAUAAGAGAAGUAAAAAAUGGAAAGGACGAGGAGCAUUUACUGAAGAUAGUCGUAAUUUGCUUUCUUUUGUAACUGCUGAUCUUGUUUUUGUCGCCGCUGGUACUUUUGGAACCAAUGAGAUAUUACUUCGUUCUCAAGCUAAUGGACUUGAAAUUAGUUCUCAAUUAGGGCAAGGAGUCGCAAUGGGAAAUAUUAAUCCUUCCGAUUUUAAAGAACCUGUUGGUCCUACUAUCACAGGUAUUAUUGACAUGCGUAACUCGGGCUCUAAUGUCAUGGAUGGAUAUGUAAUUGAAGAAGGCGUGAUCCCUUAUGCUCUUGCCAAUGCUACCAACUUUUUACUUAGAGCUAUUGAUGAUCGCGCUGAUGUAAAAUUAGCUAAUGAAUCUAGCACUAGUGACACAAAGGCUAAAACUUGGAGAAAAAUUACUUCUAGUGUUUCAAAUUAUAAAGGUGCUAUGGCAAAUACUCAAACAUAUUUGAUUAUGUCUCAUGAUGAUAACACUGGUUACUUAGAAUUACGUGAUGAUAGGCUUAGUAUUGAGUAUGAUGGUGCUGGACUUACUAAAAUGGUGAAAAAUUUGAACGAUAUCUUAAAAGAGGCUACAAAUAAGAUUAAUGGUACUUAUAUUCCAUCACCACUAUGGUCUAAUCAAGUUUCUGGAAAUGCUUUAAUAACCGUGCAUCCUAUUGGGGGAUGUAACAUGGGAAAGGAUGGUUAUUCGAGUGUCGUCUAUAAGGGUGAUGGUACAGAAGUUCAUGAAGGACUAUACGUUUGUGAUGGAUCAAUCAUACCAAAGGCUAUUGGUGUAAACCCGUUCUUUACUAUUAGUGCGUUGGCUGAAAGAAUUUGCGAAUUAGCUGCUAGAGAUAGGCAUUGGAAAAUUAAUUAUGAGCUUGCUAAAGAACCAAUCAAUUUUGAAAAACCAUCUGUUAUAUGGCCUCGUGAGUCUCUCGAACCUAUUGAUGUGAAUUGGCCUCCUAUAACCGGAGGUAUUUCUUUUACUGAAAUUAUGAGAGGCUAUUUUUCAACUGAAGUCACUACAAAAAAUUACAAAGCUGCUGAAAUUGACAUAAUCGCGUUUAAUGUAAACUCACUUGUGGACCUUGAAGAUCAUUCCGCUAAAAUUUCUGGUAUCGUGUCAUGCCGUGCGUUAUCACCUGAUCCUUUAAUCAUAGUUCAAGGAAAAUUCCGCUUAUUUGUGAAAGAAAAAACUCGGGUUGAUGCAAAUGCUAUAAUGUAUAAUCUUAACUUAGCAGCAACAAAUGGAUCUAAAUAUAGAUUCAAAGGAAUCAAACUCUUGGAUAAUAGCAAUUUAUUAGGUGCAUUAAUGGAUGUAACCACAUUAUAUUCCUUUGAAAAACCCAGGCCUGAAAAAGAAGAAUUUACAGUGACAGCUGAGGAUGAUGUAACAACUAAAUUAUUUAGAUAUAAGGGUGGAAACAAGGUGACGCAUGAAAUGUUUUCAACAAAUUUAAUAAAGAAUAACUUUUUGGACUAUAUUUUGGAUAACAAAUAUGAUGUAUUUUUAAUCGAUUAUCGCAUUGCGCCAACAAAUAUUCAAAGUACUAAACAGCAAACUCUGGAACAAUGUGUUUUGGAUAUUAAAGCUGCUGUAAAUGAAGUUCGUAGAAUAACUGGAUGUGAAAAUAUUGCAAUGAUUGCUCAUUGCCUUGGCUCUGUUGUAGCUUUUAUGGGAUUACUGAGUGGAGAGAUUGAAGGCGUUAGUUCACUUGUUGCAUCUCAAGUGGGAAUGACUCCAGGCGUUGGUUUUUGGAAUCGUGUUAAAGUUAAUCUCCAUCUAGUUCAAUUCUUACAAAAUGUUCUACGCCAAUCAACAUUUGACGUACGUACUUCUCCACACACCACUUUAUUACAAAGCUCUAUCAAUCAACUUUUAAGAUUCUAUCCAGUUCCACCUGGUGGAGUGUGUCAAAAUGCAUUAUGUCAUCGAAACUCCUUAGCAUUUGGAACGCUUUAUAAGCAUGAAAAUUUAACCCAGCUCUUACAUGAUAAUCUUGAUCAAUUUAUGGGAGAAGUUAAUUUGACCACAUUGAACCAAUUUGCUAGUUGCGUAAAAGCUGGUGAAUUGGUGACUUAUUGGGGUGAAAAGGGAAUUAGAAAAACAUAUGAAAUGCUUAUUACUAUUAAUGAUCCCACCAAAUAUACUAUACGUCACAUUCCUGGUUAUGGCCAUUUAGAUAAUUGGUGGGGUAGAAAUGCUCAUGUUGAUGUAUUUCCAAAAGUUUUAAGGCAUUUGGAAGACACAAAGAGCGAUUAUGGUUAUGGAUAUAAAGCUAA